CGAUGAUAAACCUCUGACGCCUUCAUCCGGGUACUACCACGAACUCGUUCUCCAACAUGGCGGCGUCAGCUAAGAAGAAGAAUAAGAAGGGGAAGACCCUCACUUUGACUGACUUCCUGGCAGAGGACAGCGGGGGCAGCAGUGCGCCCCCCAGCUACCCGGCCAAGUCAACGAGCUGGGCCGACGAGACUGAUGACCUGGACGGAGAUGUCUCGACUUCAUGGCACACGGAGGAGGAUUCGUACCGGGCACCGCCCAUCGAUCGCUCCAUCCUGCCGACGGCGCCGCGCUCGGCCCGCGAGCCCAACAUUGACCGGUCCAGACUGCCCCGCAGUCCGCCUUACACGGCCUUCCUGGGCAACUUGCCCUACGAUGUCACCGAGGACUCCAUCAAAGACUUCUUCCGCGGCUUGGCAAUCAGUGCAGUGCGCCUGCCUCGAGAGCCCAGUAACCCCGAGAGGCUGAAGGGCUUUGGCUAUGCUGAGUUUGAUGAUGUUGAAUCCCUCCUGAGAGCUCUGAGUCUCAAUGAAGAGAAUCUGGGCAACCGGAGGAUCCGUGUGGAUAUUGCCGACCAGUCAAAUGAUAAGGAAAGAGACAGUGGGAUGAUGGGAGGCAGGGACCGAGGCGGUCGGAUGGCAGACAUGGGUCCUGACAAGACAGACAGCGACUGGAGAGCUCGGCCAAGUGCAGACGCUGAUGACGGACCUCCGAGACGAGAUGAUGCCUUUGGAGAGAGAUCAAGGGAUCGUUACGAGUCAGACCGUUACAGAGACGGGCCGCGGCGGGACAAUGAUCGCUACGAAGGAGGAAGAGAUCGAUACCGGGAUCGAUACGAUGAUAGGGAUCGCAGGGAACGCUAUGACGACCGACGAGACUACGAUAGAGGGGGUUACGACUCUCGUGGUGGAGGAGGUCGCCGUGCCUUCGGCACCGGCUUCCGCCGCGAUUAUGACGACAGUCGAGGCAGCGGGGACCGCUACGGGGACCGAGAUCGUUACGGCGGUGACCGUGAGGACCGAUACGAGAGACGGGACGACCGGCGCGAGGAGCGAGCUCCUCAGCAAAGACCCAAGUUGAACCUGAAGCCCCGCAGCGUACCCAAGGAGGACGACAGUCCCAGCAGCGGCGGAGGAGGAACUUCCCCGGCCGCCGCACCAGCUUCGGGCGCCAGGUCCUCAUCCAUCUUCGGUGCGGCCAAGCCGGUUGACACGGCGACCCGGGAGAGGGAGGUCGAGGAGAGGCUGAAAAAGGAGGAGGAGAGGCUGCAGAGGCAGCUGGAGGAGGACAAGGGCCGGGGACCUGAAAGAAAGAUGAGAGACAGAGACCCAAGCUGGCGCACUGAGGAGUCACAACCUGAGCGAUCCCGCACAGGAAGUGAGUCUUCACAGCCAGGAAGCACUUCUGGAAGAGGGUCGCGGUGUCGAGACAACGAGCGCUCUGGGGAGAACGAGGUAUUUGCCGGGAGAGAAGGCAACACUUCCCCGGGACCUGCGUCACGGCCUUCCUCCACCAGCUCCGCCAAAGAGCCGCUGAAGGUGAUGCCUGCGCCUCCUCCCAAGGAGAACGCGUGGGCCAAGAGAAGUGCAGCCAACACGGGCUCCAGUGAGGGCGACGGGCGAGCUCCCGUCUCCCCGGUGUCCCCCGGCGGGUCCACCCCUCCCAAGUUCAGCUCUUCGAGUUCUGCAGAUGAGAGAGGAUCUGGAAAGGAUGAGAACAAGGCUGACGGUGUGCGUCGGGACCGGGGGCCCCCACGUGCACGAGGGGGGCCUGCAGGGCCUGGAGCUGGGCGGGGCCGAGGAGAGGGGCCCAACAAAGACCGAAGAAAGGAGGCAGACAGAAAGGACAACAGAAGAGACCGAGACUCCAGACCACCUCCAGAGCCAAAGAAAUACGAAGAAACCCCAACCCCCAAGUUCAGCUCAGCCAGUAAAUACGCCGCUUUGCUAAUGGACGGAGACCAAGGUGACGACGCAGAAGACGUCGAAUAGAGAGAAAAUAAAGAAGACACGGCCAGAGAGUGCAAAGGAGAGGAGAAUAUGACAAACGCAAAAAAUGAAAAAUGUUUAAUCUCACAUAGCUUAUGAAAAAA